GUGUGUGUGUGUGUGUGUGUGUGUGUGUGUGUGUGUGUGUGGUGCGUUGGGGGGGGCGGGGUAAACGCACGUCUGCACCGCCCCUCCCGGGAGGAGCAAGUAGGGGGAAGAAGAGGUAUCUGUAACUACCCAGUUUUGCAGCCAUGGAGUCUAUGCUUAAUAAGUUGAAAAGUACUGUUACAAAAGUAACAGCUGAUGUCACCAGUGCUGUAAUGGGAAAUCCUGUCACUAGAGAAUUCGAUGUUGGUCGACACAUUGCCAGUGGUGGCAAUGGACUAGCUUGGAAGAUUUUUAAUGGCACAAAAAAGUCAACAAAGCAGGAAGUGGCUGUUUUUGUCUUUGAUAAAAAGCUCAUAGAUAAAUAUCAAAAAUUUGAAAAGGAUCAGAUCAUCGAUUCUCUAAAACGAGGAGUCCAACAGCUAACUCGUCUACGACAUCCUCGACUUCUUACUGUCCAGCAUCCCUUAGAAGAAUCCAGGGAUUGCUUGGCAUUUUGUACAGAACCAGUUUUUGCCAGUUUAGCCAAUGUUCUUGGUAACUUGGAAAACCUACCUUCCCCUAUAUCUCCAGAUAUUAAGGACUAUAAACUUUAUGAUGUAGAAACCAAAUAUGGUUUGCUUCAGGUUUCUGAAGGAUUGUCAUUUUUGCAUAGCAGUGUGAAAAUGGUUCAUGGAAAUAUUACACCUGAAAAUAUAAUUUUGAAUAAAAGUGGAGCCUGGAAAAUAAUGGGCUUUGAUUUUUGUGUUUCAUCUACUAAUCCUUCUGAACAAGAGCCUAAGUUUCCUUGUAAAGAAUGGGACCCAAAUUUACCAUCGUUGUGUCUUCCAAAUCCUGAAUAUUUGGCUCCUGAAUACAUACUUUCUGUGAGCUGUGAAACAGCCAGUGAUAUGUACUCCUUAGGAACUGUCAUAUAUGCUGUAUUUAACAAAGGGAAACCUAUAUUUGAAGUCAACAAGCAAGAUAUUUAUAAGAGUUUUAGUAGACAAUUGGAUCAGUUGAGUCGUUUAGGAUCUAGCUCACUUACAAGUAUACCUGAGGAAGUUCGGGAACACGUAAAACUACUAUUAAAUGUAACUCCAACUGUAAGACCAGAUGCAGAUCAAAUGACAAAGAUUCCCUUCUUUGAUGAUGUUGGUGCAGUAACACUGCAGUAUUUUGAUACCUUAUUCCAAAGAGAUAAUCUUCAGAAAUCACAAUUUUUCAAAGGACUGCCAAAGGUUCUACCAAAACUGCCCAAGCGUGUCAUUGUACAGAGAAUUUUGCCUUGUUUGACUUCAGAAUUUGUAAAUCCCGACAUGGUACCUUUUGUUUUACCCAAUGUUCUACUGAUUGCUGAAGAAUGUACCAAAGAGGAAUAUAUCAAAUUGAUUCUACCUGAACUUGGUCCUGUCUUUAAACAGCAGGAGCCAAUCCAGGUAUGUGUGUGUAUUUUGUUAAUUUUCCUACAAAAAAUGGAUUUGCUACUGACCAAAACCCCUCCUGAUGAGAUAAAGAACAGUGUCCUACCAAUGGUUUACAGAGCACUAGAAGCACCUUCCAUUCAGAUUCAGGAAUUAUGUUUAAACAUCAUUCCUACCUUUGCAAAUCUUAUUGACUACCCAUCCAUGAAAAAUGCUUUGAUACCAAGAAUUAAAAAUGCCUGUCUACAAACAUCUUCUCUUGCUGUCCGUGUAAAUUCAUUAGUGUGUUUGGGAAAGAUUUUGGAAUACUUGGAUAAAUGGUUUGUACUUGAUGAUAUACUACCCUUCUUACAACAAAUUCCAUCCAAGGAGCCCGCAGUCCUCAUGGGGAUUUUAGGUAUAUACAAAUGUACUUUUACGCAUAAGAAGUUGGGAAUCACCAAAGAGCAGCUGGCUGGAAAAGUAUUGCCUCAUUUGAUUCCCCUGAGUAUUGAAAACAAUCUUAAUCUUAAUCAGUUCAAUUCUUUCAUUUCCGUCAUAAAAGAGAUGCUUAAUAGACUGGAGUCUGAACAUAAGACCAAACUGGAGCAGCUUCAUAUAAUGCAAGAACAGCAGAAGUCUUUAGACAUAGGAAAUCAAAUCAACACAUCUGAGGAGGCAAAAGUUACAAAUGUUGGGCCUCAGCAAAUUGACAAAGUCUUCAACAACAUUGGAACAGACUUUCUGACUGGUGGGGAAUCAGAAAAUAAAGAGGAUGGGUUACACAAUAAACAAAAAAGAGCAUCACUGACACUGGAAGAAAAACAAAAAUUAGCAAAAGAACAGGAGCAAGCACAGAAGUUGAAAAGUCAGCAACCCCUUAAGCCGCAAGUACACACGCCCGUGGCUCCUGUCAAACAGACUAAGGACUUGACGGAUACAUUGAUGGAUAACAACAUGACAUCUUUAUCAAACCUUUCUGUUAAUACGCCUAAAAUUCCUGCUUCAAGUACCUUCACUUCUGUUCCUUCCAUGGGCCUUGGCAUGAUGUUUUCUACACCAAUUGAUAAUACAAAGAGAAAUUUGACAAAUGGCUUAAAUGCUAACAUGGGCUUUCAGACUUCAGGAUUCAACAUGCCGGUUAACACAAACCAGAACUUCUUCAGUGGCCCAAGCACACCUGGAGUGACCAAAAUGCCCUUGGGAACACCUUCCUCUUUGCCAAAUUUCAACGCUGUGAGUGUUCCUCCUGCUGGCGCAAAGCAGCCUCAACAAAGACCCACAGAUAUGUCUGCCCUUAAUAAUCUUUUUGGCCCUCAGAAACCCAAAGUUAGCAUGAACCAGUUAUCACAGCAGAAACCAAAUCAGUGGCUUAAUCAGUUUGUACCUCCUCAAGGGUCUCCAGGUAUGGGCAGCUCAGUAAUGGGAACUCAGAUGAACAUGAUAGGACAAUCCGCCUUCGGUAUGCAGGCUAAUCCUUUCUUUAACCCACAGAACUUUGCACAGCCACCUACUACUAUGACUAAUAGCAGUUCAGCUAGCAAUGAUUUAAAAGAUCUGUUUGGGUGAGAUGUCUUGCUUCUGUCUUUGAAGGACUACUUCCGUUUUAAUCAUGGGUGAGCUGAUUUCCGUCUUUCUAGAGCUGGCUUGCAGGAACUCCAUCUGUGGAAGGGUCAGUGGUUCUUUGACGGAGAACAGGUGUUUCCAUGCCAGCAUAGUAGUUGUGUGAACUCCGAACAGUUGAGUUGUUUUUUUUUUUUUAAAGCAUUGAGGAUUUUUCCUCUAACCAACUUGUCUUCAGGUUUUUAAAUGGCCCAGACCUUACCAAUUUCAAAAAGAUAAAGACACUUGAGAAUCUUGAAUAGCCUAAUUUUUUAUUCAAAUGUUUAUUUUAGCUUGUAAAUCUUGGUGUUAUUUAAAAAUUUGAGUUGAUGCAGUAGCAGGUUUUAUCUCUUAAAGACUACAUGGUACAGAGUCUGUCUUCACAAGUCACUAGUCUUCAUUUUAAUGUGAAAAAAAUCUCCAUGCUGUAUUGAUUUGUUUGCAUUUAGUUUGAGUGAGAAAAUGAUCAGCGUAAUGAAAGGGAUUAGGUCCUUUACUUUUUCUAAUCUCAUUUACUCUCAGAUAACUAAUGUUUAGUACCAAAAAAAUGGAACAAAUACUAUAAAUUUUAAGUUAAUUUUAUUGGUUCAAACUGAAAGCAUUAUUAACCACCUUAAAUGCAGACUAAUCAUUGUAAAUUAUAUUUUAGCAUGAUCUGCCUCAAAUUGUAAUGUAUUUUUCUGGAUUUACUUGGAUAAAUUCAGAGUCACCUUUUUCCUGAUUAUCACAGGCAGAAGAGGUAUGUACAGAUUUGUACAGAUAUUUGUCAGGACCCUACAGUAUGAUUCCCCUUCCAUACUGCCUUCAUAUUUCAUUUUGAGUUUAAAAUUCUGAGGUUGCGGCAUAUAUUAAAUGCAUUUUCAAAAUAUUUGUAAGAAACUAUAUUUAAUGAGUAAACUUUUGAGAUUUCUGCUGUAUUGUUUCAAAUGUAAUAAACUUUACUUCUCUAAAAAUGAGCAUUUGUAUCUUCUGGUUCCCAACGAACUAAUUUUUAGUUUGCCUUGAUCAAAUCUAAUCUCAUCAGUUCCCUGCAACUGAAGUUGAGUUCUUUUCACAGGGGCAGGGUGGGAGAAGGGGACAUCCCAAGUGGUGCUCAGGAGGCCCUGGUGCCCCCUCCCAGUGAUUCUUGGGGAACAAUAUACUGCCAGAGUUUGAACUAGGGUCCGCCAUGUGCAAGACAUCCUCCGUAAUCUCCGUAUAUUCUGUCUCUGAAGUUGAAUUCUUUCCUAGGAAUUUUAGGUACUUUUCCUUCAAACAUUUUAAUGUUUAUAUCUCGCUGUUUUUCGAAAGGACAGCUACUAACCGGAACAUGCUUUGUUUCAAAACCUUCUCUGAUAUGUUUCUUUAAUUUUCUUCUUAUUCAACCACAGAGCCUUAUGCAAUGCCAUUUGUAUUUUAUUGCAUCAUAUUCCACUGUAUGUGAUAAUUUUAAAAUGGUCUCUCAGAAAACAUUACAUAUAUCUUAUGUACUUCCUUAGAGCUUUUGUUUCUAAUGCUCAGAAACCAGCAAUCAUUUAGAACAAAACACGAAGUUUAGUAUACUGGUACUAUUUACUUUUGGAAAAAAUGUAUUUACACAGUAUAUACAUUGAAUAUACAAUACUUGAUAAUAAAAUGUAAUUUGGCAAUAGAAUUACUGGCAUCAUUCAGUAAGAAAGUACUUUAAAAAAUAAAAUUUCAGCUUCACCAUCUGGUUCUUUGUGAAUUUGUUACAUGGUUUUGGGAAAAUGAAUCCAUAAUGAUGAAGAAUCGUAUCCAAUGAAUGAAAAACACUAAGAAGAUAAAAAAUUUUUUUGUCAAAUGCACUCACACCUUGCCAGAUUGUUUUGUUUGUAAUGCAAUAUUAAUAUUUCUCUUAAGAAAAGUUUACAUAUGGAAUAAAAUUUGUUAAUGUUGAAGAGUUUCUCUUUGUAACAGUUCAGUUACUGCUUAUUAGGUGAUUGCUUUUUGUUUUGUAAAAUUACUUGUUGUCAGUGUUGAACACCUAGAGGAAAGCAUAAUGUGAUAACAUAUAGUUUGAUUCCUAAAUAUAAAAAUGAAUUGCUUUAAAAGAUAUGUAAUUUUUAGAUAAUAUUCACACUGAAAUUGCUCACUUGUUACAGUAAUGGUGCUACAUUUUUACAAAUUUUUUCCUACAUAAAGUUAUUUAAAUCAUUUUCAUCCAUUGAAAUGUUAAUUCUUGUUUUCUUUUUCUGUUGGAAAUUUGCUGCUGAAAAAUGGCCAUUUUUUAGCCUUUUGCUUUUAUGAGAAAAAUUUUCAAAGAAAUAGAUCACCUUAAAAUUAUGUUAGGUAGUGACAGCAUGUAACCCUUAUGCUUAGAGUAGAAAAACUGGUAAGUCAAAAAUUGAUGAAUUGUAAGAAAGAUUACCUUUUAUUUGAAUUUGUUCUUAUUUCUUCUUAUGCUAAAGUGUGUGAUGUAUGCAGUAGCUGUAAAUGGUAAAUGAAAAUAGAUUUAUGUACUUGGCUGGGUUUUCUUUGUUUUGCUUUUAUUUUGGAAUGCUUAAAACCCUUUUCACUUGAGUAAGUUAAGAAAGUAGGUUUUUGUUGUAUUUGUUUUUAACCUAUAAAAUAAUCUCGCUUUUUUUCUUUAACAUUUUAAAGGAAAAGGUCUGUGUAAAACUGCCUGAUAGCAAGCAUAGAGGAUGCACCAAAUAAAUUUUAGCUUUGAUAAAAUGUCCCAUA